CCCCUCAUAGCCUACCCGGUUGUCAUAUAAAUUAAUUAUUGACAAUUGCUCAUCCUUGUUCAAUAAAAGUCUCUUCGGACAUCAUCCCUCGACCAUCACAGUUGUAAUCUUCACAUCGAGUCGUCCGCAUGACCCCCAGACACGGCAGGCUACAUCAACCAGCUGUUGGAUUACUGCCACAGUCACUAUCUCGUCGGGGAAGGCGUGUCAGUCCCCGAAUUACUCAGCGCCCCUUUGUCCUCGAUCGGUGCCCAGCCAGCGACACUCAUGGCGGCUGCACCCGUCAGGCAGCGCCCCGGAGCGGGCGGACACCGGGCGCAGCUCCCGCCCUGCUACUACGAGGGCUACCUGGAGAAGCGAGGCCCGCAGGAGAAGGCGUCCAAGCGGCUGUGGACCUGUCUGUGUGGGAAUUCUUUGUAUUUCUUCAAUAAUGCCAAGGACACUCAUUACGUGGAGAAGCUGGACCUGGGUGGAUUUGUGUCGCUGAAGGACGACUGCAGCCGUGACCGGAACCUGGAGGCAGCCAGACUUAUACUCCGGAUGAAGGAUGGAGAAACCAAACUAACAGCCCCCAACCUAGAGUCACGGGAGCUGUGGAAAGGUUUCCUCUACUCUGUUAUAGAUCUGAACGUACCAUCUUGCCUCACGUUGCUGCCGGGGCAGCUACAAAUGCUGAAGGAGGUGGUGGACAAGGAAAGGUCCAGACGGAGAACUCGCAAUCCCGCAAGAGCUCCUCCUUCCCCUCUCUCCGUUCCUCUACUAGGAGAGAUCCCAGCGUGUUUUCGCCCAGUGUCCAGAACGGAGGCUGAAGUCCUUCUAGAGCGACACCCGGACUGUGGCAACAUGCUGCUCCGUCCGGGCAGAGACGGAUGCUCCCUGGCCGUCACUACACGACAGGACCUCAAUGGGUCAGUGUUCAGACAUUACAGAGUCACCCAGAGGGACCAAGGCGGCUACGUCAUCGAUGUGGAAAAUCCUAUUCCCUGUGCUACGCUACAUGAGGUAAUUGAUGCCCUGGUAGACAAGACGGCGGGAACUCUGCAGCCUUUCCUCCUGGAGGAGCCUUAUGAGGAGAAUAUCACGUAUGUUUCCGCCAAUGAUGAAAAUGGAGAAAUGAUCCUCCACACGGCUCCCUCCAGCCCCCUGCCCAAGGCCCCUGCCCUGCCGCCAAAACAAGAUCGUUGGUCCAGCAGCCCUCUGUCCAGAUCCCCUGCCCCAGACAGACGCAUCCUGACCUCAUCGGUGCCGGCGUCGCCCACCAACCCGAUGAGACGUCUCAUCCUCUCCCCUUCGCCUCUCGCACAGACUCAAAGAGUUUCCUCUGUUUCGCCCGCAGCGCUCAAUGAGGAGCUGAAAAUGAAGCUGGAGAAGAGACGAGCCAGUCAGGAGUGACUCUUUCACGAGGAAGGACUUCCUGUCACAGCGUGCUCAAUCUUCAAUGCCAAACCUCUUCUCACCGCUGCAGCUAUGUCCUCAUCCUGUGCCUUCUGUAGGUGGAAGACAACUACAAAACCACCACCUUCUCUUAAGGAACUAAUAAGUGUUCGGGGUUUAUUCUUUUUGUGUCAAUACGAACAUGCUGAAGGGUAAACCAACUCUGAUUAGCUCCUUAAGUGCAAGACUGCCUGAUUAAUACUGGAUUGGAUCCAUGCAACCUCAUGAAAAUGCUGCCUGCCUCGGUUGGGUUCCUUGUGUUUUGUCCACUUGCAUAAUGUUGAUGUUUACAAACUGAGGAAAAAUAACGCCACAACAAAUUCUACAAGAACUACUGUAUGAAUCAGUACGACUGGCAGCUCAAAAAUCUACCGGAGAAGCACUGACACGUUCUGGACCACCCGCUGAUCCAGAUGUUUUCCUGACUGAGCCCGUGUCUCUGCUGAUGUUACAACACUGGAGACUAACAAACGAACAAACCGACAAACCGCUGACUGCUGAGAUAAACAUGACCUGUGAAACUGUAUCUGCUCUGAAAGUGAAACAGUCCAACACAACAGCUCUCUGUGUUCCCUUCGCUGUAUGUCACAGGAUGGACCUGAAUCUGAAAACUCUCUGUCAACAAUCUCUGCCGGCCGCUCUUGAGUGCAUUUUGUGACUGAUAAGCAACAGUUCAUGUGCUGCUGAUACAAUGAGACGGAUUUCCAAGUCCACUUUCACUGUACUGUUGGUGCAUAUUUUUCAGUGUUUUAUUAUGCUACUGUGUGUGUGUACGUGCCAUUGUACGGUGCUAUGACUCACCAGACAUGCCUGGGAACUCUGGGAGAUUUCAGUUCCUCUUUGAGAAAACCAGUGUACUGUAAUCAUAGGUGAGGGGGCCCUCUAGUGGAAUGGCUGUCAGACAUGGAGACAGAGGAACUGAAACCGUAUUAGCGCACUGUCUUUGCAAACAGCUGCACAGACCAACCCUUUUUAUGUUACAGAGUAAUACUGACCUUUGGCUUCGUGACCGUAUUAUUCCAGACCUUACAUUUCUACUUUAAUCAGUUCAUUACAGAUUUCAAGGUGCUUUGAAAAUGUCAGUAUUUGUACACAUUUUUCAGCAGUCGUCUUUACAGAGACUGUGAUCAUAAGUGUGUUCUUGUAUGUUUGUACAUGACGUGUUGUGUCUUCUCGAUCUCUAUCAAAGACUAGCGUUUGUUAGAUAUUGAGGGCAUUAAACUGUUUUGCAUGGA